AUGUCAAACGAAGAAAUAGAGGAGAGAAGACAAGACUUAGAAAUAUUUAUGAAAGUUAUACUCAAUGAUAGUUAGUAUCAUGUCUCUGCUUUAUUUAAAUUCAUAGGAAUGUCUCAAUAUUUAGAAGAUCAAGUCAAAAAUUGAUAAGCCAAAGUAAUUAAGGAGAGUGAAUUAAUAAAGAAAUUACAUAUUAAAAUACAGGAUUUGAAGAAGUGGUUGGAAAGGAUGGUGAGAAAUUCAUAAGAUACUCAUUUAUGAUUUGAACUGGAGAUUUGAAACAUACAAUUUGGAAAAGAUUCAGCUAGUUUGAUGAUCUGCAUAGUUUAUUAAAAUAAAGGUAAAGGAAUAAACAAAUUCUAUUUUCAGAUAUCCAUUACUUCCAUAAUUACCUUAUAAGACUACUGCAGCAUUAUAGCAGAUCAGCCCAAAUAUUAGAUGCAUGAAUCUUUAAUAAUAUUUGCUUGAUCUUAUAAAAGUACCAACCAUUGGUGAAAAUAGUCAUUUGAGAUGGUUUUUAGAAGUUAGAAGUUUUGAUAAUAAUGCGAGUGAAUCAGGAUUUGGAGGAUCUAAUUCUUAAUUUGACAGAAUUUUGUAAAGAUUAGAUAAUAAUAAUUAAGAUUUAGAGUAACUGGAAAAUAUGCACAAUAGCUUGUGGUAAUGA